CUGCUUCAUGACUCGGGCAGGGGGGAAUCGCCUGGCACGACGGAGCAGUUUGGAGGGGCGCCCCCGGCCCCCCGAGGCUGCCAGGCACAGCGGCUGCGGCGCGGCAGCGCCCGGCCGCGCUUCACCGAGCCCUUCCCGCCGGGCCCCUUCAUGGCGGCCCGCCAGCGCCGCCGCCGCCGCCGCCCCUCCGCCGACCGCCAUGGCCGCGGCGCGGGCCCGGGAGGUGGAUGCGCCGCAGCGGCAGGCGAAUGAUUUAUUGUCAACAGAAGAACAGUGGAAAUUCCAACAUCAGAAAAUGCAUGCAAAGCACCAUGGCCAUGAAUCAAUGCACGUGGAGAUGAUUCUUAUUCUCAUUACAACCUUGAUUGUUGCCCAGAUUGUACUUGUUCAGUGGAAGCAAAGACACUGUCGGUCAUACAAUCUAGUCACGCUGCUUCAGAUGUGGGUUGUUCCUCUUUAUUUCACCAUCAAACUCUACUGGUGGAGAUUUCUGUCCAUGUGGGGAAUGUUCUCGGUUAUUACCAGUUACAUCAUUUUCAGAGCAACCCGCAAGCCUCUCUCAGGAAGAACACCACGGUUGGUAUACAAGUGGUUCCUUCUGAUCUAUAAAUUGAGUUAUGCAAUUGGAAUUGUGGGUUAUUUAGCCAUAAUGUUUACCAUGUUUGGAUUGAAUUUAUUCUUUAGAAUCAAGACUGAAGACUCUAUGGAUUUUGGUGUGAUACUCCUUUUUUAUGGACUGUACUAUGGAGUGAUGGGAAGAGACUUUGCAGAGAUUUGUUCUGACUACAUGGCUUCCACCAUUGGUUUUUACAAUGUCAGUGGCAUACCAACAAGAAAUUUGUCCAAUGACAUCUGUGCAGUCUGUGGGCAGAAAAUAUUUGUGGAUGUAAAUGAAGAAGGGAUCAUUGAAAAUACCUACCAGCUGUCCUGUAAUCAUGUAUAUCCUUUUCAUGUAAUUAUCGAACUGUUGUUUUCUCUUCUUUUCUACUGCAUUAAAAAUAAUAACAGCAAUAAAUAUCAAGAGAAAAGGAACAAAAUACAGAUUCAGAAACAGCAUAGCACAAAAGUCAAAGUAAGAGUAUGAAAUAUAUUUCAGUUCUGUGGCACAACCUGAGUCCACACAGCUUUCUGACAGACAGUGUAAAAACAGCCAUUACCCUACUAUUCCAUGCCUAAAUCUGCCUUCCAGGUACCUUGUGUUCAGCCUCUCUGGUUGUGCCUGGCAGUAUAUUAAACCAACCCAUGCUAACCCAUGCAAGCUGACCCACUGGUCAGGUCUGAUAAUUUAAGAUUCUGCAGAGGGUUCCCUCUGGCUGUUUCUGGGGUGUUAUUUGGUGGGUAGUUUUAAGAGCAGAUGUAGAACCCUUCUCAAAACAUAACAUAUACCUAGCCUAAAGCCUGGCCCACUGUCUGUUACUGAGGGGUACCAAACAACUAAGCAUUUUGCAUUUCAGAAACCAAAAGGAAAGGUAUAGCAUAUGCUCUGUAGCAUUGUUAUUAAGCAUUCUCUUCUGCAGUUUGUAAGUGUCCUGACUUCUUGCAUGCUAGAAAAUAAGGAUAGUGGUGGCAGAUGGCAGUAGCCAUAAUCAGUCAUUAAAAUUAUCUGUUGAUGAUUUGACUAGGCUUGCAGAUGUAUGCACUGUUCCUUGUUUAUAUUUGAAAGAUUCCUUAAAAAUAUGCUUGAUAACAGGUUUCAUGAAUUUUGCAUUCAUGGUUGGUGCAUUGUUGGCAAGAAACAGACUUGCCCAUACUGCAAUGAGAAAGUUGAUUUGAAGAGG